AUGGGUUCCACCUCAACUCCCCGCGAGAGCAGUAAGCUCUUCUCGCCUCUCCGUCUCGGAGAAAUGAACCUCGAACAUCGAGUCAUUAUGUCGCCGAUGACGCGUCUGCGUUGUCUUGGUGGCUUUCCGACCCCGCUAGUUAAGGAGUAUUAUACUCAAAGAGCAACGAAGGGAGGGUUGCUUAUCACUGAGGGUAUGCAUCCAAGUUUGAUGGGCGGGGGCUACUACAACGCACCUGGCAUGUUUGCGCCGGAACAUGUGAGGGCUUGGAAGAAGGUGACGGAUGCUGUACAUGCCAAGGGUGCUUUCAUGGCCUGUCAGUUGUGGCAUGUCGGGCGCGCUGCAGUCUCGGUCUCGCUCGGCGGCCGCCAGCCAUUGAGCUCUUCUGCAACAAACAUUGGCUACUUCAACAGGAACACGCCUGGAGGCUACAAAGUACCCAACGAGACAGCCAAGCCGAUGACAUUGCAGGACAUCAGGGACACCAUUGAUGACCAUGUGCAUGCUGCGAAAUGCGCGAUCGAAGCCGGGUUUGAUUGUGUCGAAAUCGCGUCAGGAAAUGGUUAUCUGCUCGACCAAUUCCUAAACAGCAACGUCAACUUGCGCACCGAUGCCUACGGAGGCACCAAAGAGAACAGAGCUCGCUUCACGCUUGAGGUACUAGACGCAGUGAUCGCUGCUAUCGGGGCAUCCAGGGUGUCGAUCCGAAUGAGCCCUUGGGGAACGGUUUGGGUGCCGCUGGAUGCGGAUCCGAUAGCGAACUACCGUUAUGUGCUGAGCGAAGUCGAGAAACGAGGCGUCGCGUACGUGUGCCUCACUCAGCCGCGAGCCGAUCUGUUGCUUGAAGAGAAGACCAAGUGGGAAAACAUGUACACGGCUAUCAAGUUGGGGAAAGUGGCUGCUACGGUCGAGGAUCUCCAUCUCAAGCACUUCCAGGAGGUACUGAAGACGACACCAAUCUUGGCGAACGGAAACUAUGAUGGCGAGAAUUGCUUUGAGGAGGUGGAAAGGGAUGAGAUGGAUGCAAUUACGUUUGGCAGGUGGUUUAUCAGUAACCCGGAUCUUGUGGAGAAGCUGAGGCUGGGGAAGAGAUUGACCAAGUGGAACCCGGCGACUGUUUAUGCGAGUGCGGUUGUGGUUGAGAGUGAGGGUUAUACGGAUUAUCCGUUUGGAGAAGUAGAGGACGAGGAGGCAGCGAAGUAA